CAUAAUUUCACAUCAUUCCACACAGCGAAUGAACUAAUGGCUUCUCCGAAAACCCCUCAACCUCAAUUUGACAUGCACAGUUUCUUCCCUCCUUAUCCUCCGUCCCCCUCCUCCUCCGCCACCACCUCCACUGCAACCUCCUCCUUCUUCCCUUACCCUCCGCUAUCCCCGGAGCCCCACGCUAACAUGCACCCCCACCGCUUCCCCCCUUAUCCUUCACCCCCUCCUCUCAACGCCGGCACCCAAAUUCUCGCUCUUCUCAACAAUAACAGCAACACCAACAACACUAACAAUAGUAGUAUCAACAAUUUUGGUAGUAGUAUUAUUAUUGCUAAUAAUUCUUGUCAGAGAAUGGCCAAAGGACGGCAUGUUUCGGGUGAUUGCGUGGCUUAUGACGUGGACGUUCGUGUCGAAGGCGAGAGAGAACCGAUGCAACUGGAGGUGACUCCGAUUACUAAGUACGGGUCGGAUCCUGAACUUGUUCUCGGUAGACAAAUCGCUGUUAAUACACAUUACAUUGUGUAUGGGCUCAAAGGUGGAAAUGUUAGGGUUUUGAAUCUCAACACUGCUUCGCGCGCUUUGUUUCGUGGCCACGCUAAGAGAGUCACGGAUAUGGUGUUUUUCGCGGAUGAUGUGCACCUUUUGGCUACUGUGAGUGUGGAGGGGCGAGUUUAUGUUUGGAAGAUAUGUGAAGGUCCAGAUGAACAAGAUAAGCCACAAAUUACAGGCGACGUUGUUUUUGCUAUUCAGUUUUUAGGAGAGAGUAAAGGAGAUUAUGUGCAUCCUAGGCUUUGUUGGCAUUGCAACAAACAAGAUGUUUUGGUGGUGGCGACGGGGAAGUGCGUGUUGAGAAUUGACACUGCAAAAGCUGACAAGGGUGAAGGUUUUUCAGCCGAGAUGCCUCGUCGAUGUUCUGUUGACAGGCUGAUUGAUGGAGUUCAGUUAGUUGGUAAACAUGAUGGAGAAGUAACUGAUAUAUCUUUUUGUCAGUGGACAAUCACCCGCUUGGUUUCUGCUUCUACUGAUGGCACGAUAAAGAUUUGGGAAGAUGGCAAGGCAGGGGCACUUGCUACAUUGAAACCACACGGUGGCCAACCUGUAAAUUCAGCCAAGUUCUUGACUGCUCCGCACCAGGCGGGUCACAUCAUACUUGUCACAGCGGGACCUUUAAAUAAGGAAGUGAAGAUUUGGUCAUCAGCUAGUGAAGAAGGAUGGCUGCUUCCUGGUGAUGUUGAAUCAUGGAAGUGUACCCAGACAUUAGCCUUCAGGAGUUCUGUUGAAGCUCAGGUUGAGGAGGCAUUCUUUAACCAAACUGUGGCAUUGUCUCAAGCUGGUCUUCUCUUAUUUGCAAAUGCGAAGAAGAAUGCAAUUUACUCAGUACACUUGGACUAUGGUGCUAAUCCCAUGGCCACCCGCAUGGAUUACAUAGGAGAGUUUGCAGUGACCAUGCCUAUUUUGAGUUUUACAGGAACAACUGAGCCUCCCGGUGGACAUAUGGUUAAGCUUUAUUGUGUUCAAACACUGGCUAUUCAGCAGUAUGCUUUGGACUUGUGCCAGUGCUUGCCACCACCAACAGAAAGUGUGGAGGAUUCAGAUUCAGGUGUCUCACGGGAUGCAAGUAUUGCUGACUUAAAUGGAAGUAGACUUGGCGCAUUUCCAUUCCCUAAUUCAGCAUUCAAGCCAAGUUACUCUGAAGUUGCUAGUGCAAGAUAUCCUCUUCGUUCUACUUCUCUUGAGGCUGCCGCUUUGCCAGAAAAUAUGACAUCUAACACGGAUUCUAAUCCUAUUUCUCUGGCACGAACAACUAGUGAUACUAAUAUUUUUUGUAUGGCGUCACCUCCUCUUCCACUGAGUCCUCGGUUGUCUAGGAAGCUUUCUGGUCUUGGAAAUGCAAAAAAUAGCUCUGAGCUGGGCCCCUCACUUGGUGAGCAUGGCGGAAGCCAAUCAAUUAUUGACUAUUCAGUUGACAGGCAAAUGGACACCAUUCAUGCAAAUGUAUCUGGUGUAGCUUCCUAUGAUAAUGAUGCAAAGAAUGAAGAAAAGAAAAUUGCAACAAAAGAUAUAUCCAGGGUGCUGAAUCCAUCUAUCAUGUUCAAACAUCCGACUCAUUUGAUAACUCCUUCUGAGAUCUUAAUGUCAGCUUCAUCUUCUGAAACUACCAAUAUUAUUGAGGGCAAGGAUGAGGAAGAGGCAAAUAUUCAAGAUGUGGUCGUCAAUAGUGAUGUGGCUAAUGCUGAAGUGGAGGUUAAAGAAGUGGGUGAAACGAGAGCUGCUCAUGGUGAUGAAUUUGGUUCCUAUGGAGAAACUCAAAACCAUGUUCCAGAAAACAGAGAAAAGCUGUUUUGCUCCCAGGCUUCAGAUCUUGGAAUCAAGAUGGCCAGAGAGUCUUCUGCAAUAUCAGCAGAAAAUCAUUUUGUGGAAGAGUUGCAGGAAGUUGAUGGUGCUGGCUUAACAGCCCAACUUUCCCAACCUUCUGUUAGUGGUGAGUCAGAAGCCCAGGACUCCACAAAAGAUGUUAAUGGAAAGGUUUCAGGGUCAGCUGUGACUGCAAUAUUUGCACAAUCUGGAACACCAAGCGCCAAGGGGAAAAAGCAGACAGGAAGCAAUUCUCAAGUGCCAGAUCAUUCUUCAAGUGUUCCUAACUCAGCUGGUUCUUUCCGUGAACCUGGGAGGAAUUCAACUCUCACCUCUGCACAAGCUGAUUCUUCUCAAAUUGCAACUAUGCAGAGUACGCUUAAUCAGCUAAUGACCAUGCAAAAGGAACUGCAGAAGCAGAUGUUGAGCGUGGUGACCCUUCCUGUAACAAAAGAAGGUAGAAGACUGGAGGCAUCUCUAGGAAGGGGGAUUGAGAAGGCUGUCAAGGCCAGCACUGAUGCAUUGUGGGCUCGUUUCCAAGAGGAGAAUGGGAAAAAUGAGAAAUUAUCGCGAGACCGCUCACAACAAAUAACUAAUUUAAUCACUAACUUAAUUAACAAGGACUUGACCCCUGUAGUAGAAAAAGCAGUGAAGAGGGAAUUGGCUGCAGUUGGACCAGCCAUUGUUCGCACCAUCUCUCCCAGUAUUGAGAAAACUAUUUCUUCAACUAUUACAGAGUCCUUCCAGAGAGGAGUCAGUGACAAGGCAGUGAAUAUGCUGGACAGGUCAGUUAAUACAAGACUUGAAGCUACAGUUGGUAGGCAAAUCCAAGCACAAUUUCAAACUUCUGGCAAGAUAGCUCUCCAGGAUGCUUUGAAGUCCGGUGUAGAAGCUUCAGUGUUCCCUGCCUUUGAGAAGUCAUGCAAAGCUAUUUUUGAGCAAGUAGACGCUACCUUUCAGAAAGGAAUGGCUGAACAUUCAACUGCAGCUCUGCAGCAUUUUGAAUCUGCACAUUCUCCCUUGGCUCUAGCUUUAAGGGAUUCAAUUACUUCUACUUCGUCACUGGCCCAAACUUUAAGUGGAGAAUUGGCAGAUGUUCAGCGUAAACUUAUAAGUCUUGCAGCUGCAGGAGGAAACCCAAGUGUUGUACAUCCCUUGAUUCCCCAACUGAGCAAUGGACCUUUGCAUGUUCUCCGUGAUAAGGUUGAAUCAUCUUUAGACCCCGCAAAAGAACUAUCCAGAUUGAUAUCUGAGCGCAAAUAUGAAGAAGCUUUCAUUGUUGCCCUACAAAGAAGUGAUGUGUCUAUUGUGUCUUGGCUAUGUUCACAGGUUGAUCUACACGGGAUUCUGGCUACGGUGCCUCUCCCUUUGAGCCAAGGAGUAUUGCUCUCUCUUCUGCAGCAGUUGGCCGUUGAUAUCAACAAUGACACACACCGUAAACUUGCAUGGCUAACAGAUGUGGCUGCCGCCAUAAACCCAACAGAUCCAGUGAUCACAAUGCAUGCACAACCCAUCUUUGAUCAAGUCUAUCAGAGACUGCACCAUCAACGUAACUCACCAACAAUCACCGGCGCUGAACUUUCAAGUAUCCGUCUUCUCAUGCAUGUCAUCAACUCCAUGAUGAUGACCUGUAAACCUCAGUGACAUGGACUUCUAAUACGGUAGGAAACUGUACAUAUUUUUUUUCAUAACAUUGUCGGUUUUAUCUAUUUUUUUGGUUUUCUACUAAACAGAUUAGCUUCCUCUGGUCGAAAGUAAUUCGCUAUCAUGAAAAUUUUUCCAUUCAUGCUUUUGAUAUU